GUCCUCGUGGAACUGCUGCGGCUAGUGUUGGCCGUCCAGGACAAGUCCUUGGAUAGUCUCCCUCUUCCCCACCUCUGCGCCAUUCAUGCUGUCCUUGCCAUCAUUAUGUCAAUCAUCGUACCCAUCUCUGUCCUCAGAGAUCCUCUUCUGGAUCACGUCCAAUGCGUGAGUUUAUCGAAUAUGCCCUUUUUCUCUUUUGAAAGUGCUGUUACUAACACACUACAGGGUUGUGGAAUUGGAAGUGUAAUGAAUCAGCCAAGAUGGGGAUUCGAGGAGGAGGAGAAGGAGGUUGAGGAGUGA